UCCUGAACCAUAGACUUAAACUACUGUGAAUGUUCUAACGGAGAGAGUAUAAAUGGCGGCGGACGAGAAGUGGUAUUUUACUAAAGAUCAACUUGCAAAUACACCAAGCAGAAAAUGCGGAUACGAAACAGAUAAGGAGUUAUCAUAUAGACAACAAGCUGCGAAUUUUAUACAAGACAUGGGACAGAGAUUACAAGUUACACAACUGUGUAUUAACACAGCAAUAGUGUAUAUGCAUCGUUUCUACGUGUUCCACUCUUUCACCCAAUUCCACCGAAACGCGAUGGCUGCUGCGGCCCUCUUCCUAGCUGCUAAAGUAGAAGAGCAACCAAGGAAGUUGGAACAUGUCAUUAAGGUGGCACAUAUGUGUCUCAACAGAGACCAGCCUCCACUCGACACAAAAUCAGAGAAAUACCUGGAGCAAGCACAGGACCUGGUGUUCAACGAGAAUGUGUUGCUACAGACGUUGGGCUUUGAUGUGGCGAUUGACCAUCCACACACACAUGUUGUACGCUGUUGCCAUCUAGUUAGAGCCAGCAAGGAUUUAGCACAGACAUCAUACUUCAUGGCAUCAAACAGCCUACAUCUGACGACCAUGUGUCUUCAGUAUAAGCCAACGGUUGUUGCAUGUUUCUGCAUACAUCUCGCUUGCAAAUGGUCCAAUUGGGAGAUCCCACAGUCAAAUGAAGGAAAGGACUGGUUUUGGUAUGUGGACAAGACAGUAAGCCUGGAACAGCUUGAGCUUCUGACUGCCGAAUUUCUUGUCAUCUUCGACAAAUGUCCUACAAAGCUGAAGCGCAAGAUCAUGAGCAUCAGUGCUACACAAAACCCCACUCUUCCCCCUGCUGUCUCUGGCAGUCUGUUUGAUAUGGAGCCUCGUAAAAUUCGUCCACCAGAUGGUUGUCAGGAUGGGCUAACAUUUCACACUGGAGUUCUUGAAGGUAUUGGUCGCCCUCCUCCACAUCACUCUUCACACAUGCCAGGUGAUGCCUCAUCAAAACCUCCUGCUGAUAGUGAAACUUUGAAGAAGCCACACCAGACCUCGUCAUGUCUGCCUGGGGGCUCAGGACCAUCACAACAAUCUGUUCAGGCACCACCACGUGUUGACUAUCGUGACUACAAAGAAAAGAAGGAGCGGGAGCGAUUAGCACAGCAAACAGGAGUGUCCAGGGAAGGACAUCAUGGUGGUGCAACUCAUGUUAGUAAGAGUGCUCCAGGAAGUGCCAGCAAGCAUGGUUCUGUACCUCCUGGGAGUUCAGGAAUAAUAGGCAAGCCUGGACAACCUCACUGGGAACACAAGCACCCUCCCCCAAUAGGCCCUGGCCUAAUGCGAGUCACCCAGGCUCGCGAUGCCAUCCGUCGGGAGCAGUCAUAUUCCCGUGAGGCUGUUAAAAGGGAAAAUAGUAACCAGCGUAUUGGAGAACACAUAUUUGCUCCUCCUGUCCGACACCAUGAGCCUAAAGAACCUUUGUUACCAGCACAAGGUGAACAUGUUUCAUCCCAGCACCAUGGGCUGCCAUUGGACUCUGCUCUUUCUGUGGUAAAUCAUCUAGGUAGUGGACUGAAUAGUGGCAUUAAUUGUAGUAUUAGUUCUAGGAAGGAUAAUCAGGGCCUUGAGUGGACAAGUGAGAAAGCGAGUGACUUGGACAGCAGACAUGUUAUCGACAAAUCAAAUGUACCAGGUGGCAUGAAGAGUACAGAAAACAGACAUUUGGUCCCUCUUCAUGUAGAUUCUAGUUUAAAACGAAGCCAGCAACAAGGAUUCGAAUCCUCAAGCAGGCAUUGUCACCGGGGAAGUGCAACAAAUGGUAGUGAUGCUCGUACUGUGAAGGAAGAUGUGCCCUCGAAAAUGCCAUCAGACUCUAGUGAUUCUCAAAGACAUUUGUACAAUCAUAACAGGCAUAAUACUGGUAGUGAUAGGCUCGACCAUGGUCGCCAUCGCAAGUCUGGUGCCAGUGAACAGUUUACCUCAAGGCCACCUCAGUCUUCUGUGGAAGGUAUUGUUGAACGGAAGCAAAAUAUUUCAGAAAUGGGCGAGUGGAAGCCGAAUGUUGUGGAUCGCAGGCCAAAUGCAGUUGAUGUGGUGAAUUGCAAGCCAGUUGUUACUGACUUGGUGGAUCGAAAAUCUAAUGUCUUAGAUCAGUCAGGUUCAAAGCAAAAUACAGCUGAACUUUAUUCUUCAGUUGUUGAAAAUAGGCAUGAAUCUUCUAACAGGAAACCUGGAGUUUCUGAUGCUAAACACCAGGUAGUUCAGCCAUACCAGAAUACAAAGCGGGAUUCCAAGCCGGAUAUAAAUGCUGUGAAAAAAGACAAUUACAUAGACUUUGGUAGCAGGGUAGGAGCCUCAUCAGCACGACCACCACCAACACCACUACCACCACACCCACUUCCUCUUCCAUCACCACAACAGCAGCCAACUCAACCAGCAUUAGCACAACCACCACUGCUGCCAAAUGCUGCAACAUUACCCUCCCAUCACCAUUCUCAAGAGAGGCACAAGUCUCGACCUAAAUCUCCCUCUCAAGUCCAUGAGAAACCUCCAUCUCUCCAUCACCAACAUUCUCGGUCUGCUGUUCCUCCUCGGGCAAAAUCUCCCAUCUCUGCUACCAUUUCUGUGCCAUCAAAUGUUUGCAAGAGGUCAGAAUCCCCACAUCAUGCAAGAACCAAGCCUACCACAGUGACCGUUCUAAAUACAUCAAUUCCUCGAAGCAGCAUCACAGUUACUGAAGUGAAAUCAGUAGCGGAGGCAAAAAGCAAGUGGCCUGAAGUGCAUGUAGCAAAGCCAGUGGUGGCAGCGGACCAGACAUCGGAGACAGUCAAAUCGGAGGCAGAGAUGUUACUGCAGACUUCUUUAAAGGUUUUCAGUGGAAGUCAGAAAGGUGGAACUGUUGCAUCUUUGCCCAUCACACCUGACAAAGCUGGAACCACUGCCCUUCGGGAAUUAUCCCAUCCACGAUCCAGCAAGUCCAGGCAACGUACUCCCCCUUCAUCUGGAAGUAAGAAGAUUCCUGCUCCACUGCCUGAAAUUCCAUCAACACCUCUCUCCCCAUUUGGCUCUCCACCCACUCCAACUCCUACCACACCUGGCAGUGCAAGCAAAUUACAAGGAUCUCUCAAGGCUACCAAACGGCACCGAACAAGCAGCUCAAGCUCAGAACCUGAGCUUGUUCCUGUAGUAAAGAAGUUGGAUGAGAUAGCUGGCUAUGAGAAUAUAAUUCGUGACUCAAAAAUGGGCAUCAGAUUGCCCAAUAGAGUCCCAGAUAUUAUUCCACCAAUACGAGAUCGCAGCAAGAAAGAUGAGACUGUUGUUGCUGCUUCUGCUAUUGGCAGUAGUCAUAACAGCAAUAAUAGUGUAAUGUCUUCAGUUGGCAAGGAAUUGAAAACUCCAGAUCUUAUACGACCUUUUGCCACACAGAUGUCAGAUGCAUUGUCACAGACAGCCAGAUCAGCAGGUUUUCCAGAUGAUCUUGGCGCAGUGGCAUUUCCAGAUUCAGACUCAACAAAUGACUCAUUUGUCCGAUCUAAAAUACCACCCCCUCCUAUAGCUUCUGAAGAGGCACUUAGCAGUGCCAACAUACAGACUGUGGGAAUUAUUGACAUCUCCACAAUGGAGGAACACAUCCAGCCACUGGAGAAUGUUGUACCUACUGCCUGCAGCUCUCUUUCCAUGCCAGAGCACCACCAUAAAAGUGAGAAGAAGAAGAGAAAGAAAGAACAUAAGGAACACAAACAUAAAGACAAGGACAAGAAUAGAGAAGAAAAGAAACACAAGCACAAACACAGAGACAAAGAUAAGGAUCGCCACAAGAGGGAAAAAGCUGAGGGUUCAGCUCCAAUUAAGAUCACUAUACCUAAGGAUAAGAUAAACUUGAGCUCUCCAUUGGAGCCGGUGGCAGGAACAGGACUGAAACUUAAGCUUAAGAAUUAUAUGUUCAAAAGUACCAUCUCCACGGACAGCAGUCCACAGCCAGCUCUGGGCAAAAAUAUCAAAAUCAAGAUUGGUGAUGAGGUGAUCAGCAACUUCAGCAACAGCAAUAUGGGUCCACCAGCUUUGAGUACUGAGGCACCGUCAUCCUCCAGGAAAAGGGAUUACAGCAGUCCUCGAUCCUCUGAGUUGGUAUCUCCCCCAGGACCUCCUGCCAAGUCAUCACGACUCAACACUUCAUCCGGAGACCAGCGUCGGAGCGGCAACAACUGCAGUAAUUACGGGAAACAAAAUGGUGUUGAACAUCACCGCAGAGGCUCACACUACUCAUUUGGUAACAAGGUACGUGGUGGCGGCAGAGGAAUUUCCAGAGGAAAUUGUUACAUGACACCAACUCUUCCCAUGCAGCAGCCCCAGCCUUACCAGCCAUAUCCUCACUACUACCAAGCCUAUCCACCUCCUCCAGGAAUUGUUCCACAGUCAUACAUGUAUGGCUACUAUCCUCCAGCUUCAUAUAUGUACCAGCCUCCUUUACCUACUGGUCCUGCACCUGAUGUAGCACACCCUCUGGAACCUCCUCCCCUCCCUGAAGGACCCCCUCCAGAUAAUCCACCUCCCCCACCCCCACCAGAGUAGUCUGCAGGGGGUCACUGGUUUACUGUGCCUUUGAUAAUAGUUGCUGGUGGUUAUUAAUAUCUUGUGGAUUUUUAUUUUUUGAUGUUCUUGGGGGACUGCGACAACCUUUUAUGGUUCAACAGUUUGAAAGCAGGAAAUAUACAAAGCAUUUAUUUUCCCUAUGUUCAGUUUUUGAAUACAAAUAAUAAACUAAAAUUAACUAAUUUGUAGGUAUGAUUUUCUAGAAUUUAUUUUUAUUUUGUUCUUGUUAAGAAUGAGAAAUAUUGUUAUUGUUAGUAUUAAUAUAUAUAUAUAUGUGAGUGUGUGUGUGCAUACGUAUAUGAGUGCAUGUUGGUUUGUGUGUGUGUGUGUGGAGAGCAAGUCCACUUUAGUUUAGAACUGGGGCAGUUUUAUUUUAAGGUUGUGUUGUACAAAAUUUGGAAGGAGAAGAGUUUCCUUGUCAGCUUUGCUUAAUGCUAGUUUAACAGGGUAUUGCAUGCUCACUAUGCAUGAUCUGUCUGUAUGUGUUUAUGUAUGUGUGUUAUUGAAUAAAUUAUUCAUUAGUUGUCACUUGGAGUUCUUUGUUAAUGUAGAGACAUUGCUGCAUGGGGAAGGCAUGCUCCAGAAUAUCAAACCUCAAAUAGUUUGCCUAGAAAUGUCACAGGAUUAUGAUUAUAUUUAAUCCCUUUAAUUUUCCUGAAUAUACAAAAUCUUUAAUAUAAAUUAUCAUUUACAUUCAGAUCCAGCUUUCGUAUGUGGGUGUGGUUGGGAAAUUCAUGCAUAUGUAACAUUUCAGAAGGAACAUAAAUUGUCUCUCUAGUAGAGUGCCCUGGUAUAUUUUCAGUGUGCAUACAUAUCACCAUUUUUUCAACGGGAUAAUUCCACUUCCCACGUUGCUUUCUUUUUUCCCUGAUAAUUUAAAUCUGUUCAGUCAUUUGUCUUUUGUAGUACAGUGUAAAUUCAAGUUCAUGCACAACCUGUAAUAAAAAUGGUACUCUCAGUAGAAUAUGUACUGACUCUGAUCUGAUGGUGUUCUUGCAUAUCUGCAGUUACUUGAUGCAGUCAGCAUGCUUAUGGCAUGGCAGUAUGUAGAGAAAUCAAUGCAGUGGAUUCUCUGUUGAAGUGAAGCUGUUGUAGCUUGUAGAGUAUGAUAGCCUUCUGACUCAUCAGAUAUAUUUCCAUUAUCUACAGUUCUCAGGGACAGUUCCUCCAUUUUUAACAUAAUUGUCAUUUUAAAAUGGAUUCUGCUGUCUUUAUUAUGUAAGGUCCAAAUAUUUUUUUUAAAGAAUGAAUGCUUUUAUAUGCAAAAUGUACCAGCUAGUCAUGUACAUAUUUUGAAAUAUGUCGGGUGGCAGUUCUGUAUUAAUAUUUCAAGUUUUUGUUUGACAAUAUGUAUAAAACAGUUUGGUCAUCACCCCAUUCCACUCUUUCAAACUGAGGUAAUGGAUGUAGUCAGAUUCUGUGCCAUGAAGACAUGUGGAGGUAUUAAGGUACAGAUCUAUACUUUCUUAAACUCGGUAUUAGACACAAUGAGCUUGUAAGUUGAAGUUGGCUUCUAAUGUGGAAAUAAAGUUCAGGAAGGUAAUUGAAUGGAAUUAAAAUAAUGCAGAUUUCUCAAAAAUGGAUGUUUUGUCAGUAUACAAACUUACGUGUUAACACAAUAACUGAAACUUUUGCAUAAUAAACAUGAAAACCAGAAAAUUGUUUUGUACCUAUUUAAUAAAAAGUAACUUCUACAAAGUCACCAUCUUGGUUAAUGCUCUGUUUCCACUGGAUCAGCAUCAUUUUUGAUGCGUUUCAAGCCACAUGCCCAACUUGUUUCACCUCUUUAUCUAUUGUGGAAUGCAGUCCUUGUGACACUCCUCUAGGGGCCCAGACAUAAGAGAAAUUACUUGGCGAAAGAUCAGAUAAAUGAGAACAUGGUAUGAUUAUAAUCCAAACACAUAAUAUAUUUGAAUUUGUAUCAUGACAGUAGUAGGGAACAAAUGUGUGUUCUCUUUCUUAUAUCUGGCAUUUUCAUGCUGCCAUCUUGCACGCACUUUGUGGUUGCCCAUUUCACCAUGGAUGGUGUGUUAAGCGGAACCAGAGCUCUAAUUUCCAUAACAAACUCUUUCAGUUUAAUGCAGUUUUAGUCGUCUGUACCUCUAUGCAUUAAUGCACUUGGAAUACACUGAAGUGCUAAUUUGACUAGAACUCAAUGCAUCAUCUGCACACUGUAUGCUACCUUUCAUAUUAUGAAUCCACACACACACACACACACAGAUAUAUAUAUAUAUAUAUAAUAUACACACACAAGACUAUGGUGAUGAAUCUCAAUAGGUUUAAUAACUUCUGCAUUCAAAAACUGAAUUACACUUCAUUGCUGAAGUUUGAUGCACGUUGGUAAUUUUCUUCCAUUAACAGCUGAUUUAUUGUAUGGUGUUGCCGUAUGUAGUCAGUGCUACUAUUAAUAGUUAAGUUAUUAUUAAACAGUAUGGGUAAAAGGUAAUUUUCAAGUUUGCAAACCUUCAAAUAAGACUAUAUUUGUGAAAUUCUUAACACUGACAUGGAUGAAUCCAAAUAUCUUUCAUAUAUCAUAAUUGAACUUCACUAAAGGAAAUUUCUGUACCCCAUUUCAUGGAAGAGCUUCAUUCUUAACUUAUGGGAGUCUAGUUGUAGAGCAUAGCAUGACUGUACAGGCAUUACAGGAAAUAUAUAUAUAUCACCCACUAACCAUGUCCUCUGGAUUAUGCAUAUUUUGAAAAUCCCAUUGGUGCUGUAUUUUCUUAAGUGAAGCAAAACCAAUUUGUAUGACCUUUUUUGGAUGUGUUUUGGUUUCUGCUGCUUGCAGGUGGUGCAGAAAUUGGCUGACACUCAUAAUUCCUAUCAGAGCAAAGGGAAAUCUUCCACCAGUUCAGGAAGCCAACCUUAAAGAAAUAAAUAGCAUUCACUUGUGUGGGGGCCGCAUAGAGAUGAAGUGCAACCAACCAGAUAACCCCACCCAGACCCUUAUCCUAAUACAUGGUGAUGGUAUUCACCCACCUGCUCUUUGUUGAAGUUAUCAAAAAUUAUACCUGUAUCAUAAAAUUUUGACUGUGAACAGUGCUGUGUGGUGGUUUGGUAUGGUUUUGGUGGUGCAGUCGUGGUUGGUAUCAUUUUCAUUCUGUUUUACACCCCAGCUUCCUUCUCCACCUUCACGCCUGGGAGCUUUGCGCUACUGGUGCUGACUGUGUUGGCUGUCAAGGAAACACAAUCUGUUGCAAUUUUGUGUUUGAAUAUGUGUGGGAAGAAAGACUAAGAGACAGUUUUUUAGUUUUUUAAUGGAAAUGUGCAUAUUGCUAUACAGGACUGAACAUAAUAGUGCCCAGUGUUUACAACGACAAAUUGUUCUGUAAAGUAAUUGUUGUUAUAAAUUAAUUAAUUUGAAAACGAACUUGCUUUUAUUAUCCCCAUGACUAGAACACUGAUCAUAUGCUUCACUGUGGCUGAAGCAAAUGCCCUGUUUAUAAAUAAACUGCCCCAGUUUACUGGCAGUAGGCAGUUUCAUGUCGGGACAUGAGUGUUCUGACUUAUUGUGUGUAUAUUUUUAUUUACCCCAACAGAAUUGCAUUUGCAACUGGCUGAGGAAUAAUGUGUACCCAUAAUUUAGUGAAAUUAUGAUCACCAGGAGAAGAAACUAAGUAAUAAUAACAGCUGAAGUGGGAGUUGUUUUAAGAGACUAGUCUUUCAACAGUGUAUCACUUAAGCUUGUUCUCAUGCUAAUUUUAGUUCCUGUAAUUUAAUAUCUUUAUGAAGGACAGUAGUAAGUAUAAAAUUUGUUUUCUAUUGCAAGAAAUCACACAAUCAAAUUGUUCAAGUUCUGGAAUUUUUUUCACGGUAGUUACUGGUUUGAGCUUCAAAUUUGUAGGUGCUUUUCUUCGUCUCUUUAAUGUAUGUGGGGCUGGUAUGUACACUUGGAAGAUUUAAAUGUGUGAUUUCAGAUUUAAAGAGUAGGAUGGAAACUGAAUCUGUGAUGUAUCCAAUCAAGAGAAUAUUUUUGUUUUGGACUGGAAUAUUGCCUGCCACUAGUAAUGUAUUCUGGUGAGAGUUUUGUUUGUGUUCUCACAAUAUACCACAGGGAUGUAUAUUAAUGCAAUAAUGCAUGUACUAUAAUGAGGUUAAUCUAUAUUAUACAAUGAAAUGACUGAUAUUAUUAAGUUGGAAUACUGUGUGCUUUAUCAUUUUCUUCUUUUUCAGUUGAAGCUGGUAAUUUGCUUCAUUCAUACUGUUUGAGAUAAAGAAACCAGUGUGUUAUAUCAACUAGUGGGUGUGAUUGCUUGACUGAGCUGUCAGGAUUAGCCCGUACUAUUGUCUGAGGUUCAGCAUACUUUUGUUGUCACAAGUUGAACAUUCUUUUUCCAUCAUAACUAAGUAGUCACUGUCCAGAUAUAAGAAAAUGAAGCAACACAUGUUUUGCCUUGAGUACCUAUGCAAUUUUCAAGAUGGGGCGGGGGGAAUAAAAACUAAAAAAAUUAGAAAAAUGGGUAGUGUAGAUUUUCAUUCAUUAAAUUUGUUUUUCUUUCUGCAUUUUUUACAACAUAACACGUUUUUGUAAUGAUUGUGUCCUGAGGCUCAAUGGAACAUGUAUAUAAAUAUUAUAUAUAAUCUAUAUAUAUAUCAGUUACAUGAUGUAAGCUGAUGCCUUUGUAAAUGUUACACAUUAUAAAACCUCUCCUUAAAUUAGUUUCAUUUGUAGGGCAAAUACCCUUUCAUCUUGCCCACAGUGUUACAGUGAUGGAAAUAAACAGUGAAACAGUUCA